UUUGCGUGGAGGGAGGGGAAGGUGAGCACUUGGGAGCCUCCACAAUGUAGCGGAAGGAGCUGAGAGGCUCUGACUGCAUCUUCACCUGGUGAAACAGAUGCAGCACCAUGUCGUCCCAUGGCUCCUUCAUGGCCCUGGGGCUUGGUUCCCUGCCCGCGUGUAGUACCCCCAUGCAAGUACAACCACCUCCCUUCUCCACGCUGCAUUUCCUUCCUCCUAAGGGCCGGCCCCUGUCCCCGCUGGGCCAGGAAGAUUUCUUUGAGAACUUUGAUGGGAGCUUCUACGACCUGACGGACAUUUUUGGGGCCGACUCGUUCGAGUGCGGCGACGCGGUGCCGGACGCACUGCUCGUGCGGCGGAUUGUGUCUCAAGUGGAGUUUUACUUGUCCGACGAGAACCUGGCGAAGGACGCCUUUCUGCUGAAGCACGUGCAGAAGAACAAACUGGGCUUCGUCAGCAUCAAGCUGCUGACCUCUUUCAAGAAGGUGAAAUACCUAACCCGUGACUGGAGGGUCACUCUCCAUGCCCUGCAGUUCUCGGAGCUGCUGGAGGUGAACGAAGAAGGGACGAAGGUGCGGCGGAAAAUCCCCAUCCCGGAGUCUCUCCUGAGCAUCCCGCCGAGCAAGCUGCUGCUAGCCUGGAACCUCCUCCCCCUGGAGCAAGGUGCGUCUCCACUUCUCCAGAAGAGCUUCAUCGAGACGAUCACCAAAAUGUUCAGCCCUUUCGGUGCCAUCACUUCCAUCCGCAUCCUGCGGCCCGGCAAGAAGCUGCCUUCUGACAUGAAGAAGUAUUCCGCCCGCUACCCGGAGCUGCUGACCAAGUGCUGCGCCUUGGUGGAGUACGAAAGUCUGGAGAGCGCGAGGAAGGCGUACGAGGAGCUGAGCCGUGGUCAGGGCCCUCCCGCUGGGGAGACCAUCAAGGUGAUCCGCCUUUCCGGGAAGGGCUCCAAAAAGAAGAGCGGGGCUGAGCGGGACGAUGCUGACGAAGGGGAGCUGGUGGACAAGGUAGCCAGGAAGCAUCCGGGGUCGGAGAGGCUGGAUGGCACCGCGGGAGACUCUCUCUUCUGCAGCUCUUCGGAGUCGGACGGCACGUCGGCUUCCCCUCCUGUGCUCAUGCAGAAGUAUCUCUCUGCUCCGGCGUGGUCCGCCAGCAGCCUCUACAGCCUGGGCAUGAGCGUCAAACCCUGCUUCUUCAGCAGCCCGCACUCCGGCCCUCUUCUCUCCAGCAAAAGCUUGGCUCAACCCCACGGCCCUUCGCCCUUGGUGGCCACGCCCUUGGUGGCCAGGCCAGGGAAGGGCAGCUCCUUCUCCAGCCCGGACACGAGUUCCGAGUUCCGAAGGCUGUCUGACUUCCGCUGGGACGGUGGGAUUGGCUCCGGCAGCUCAUGGGUCCAGAGGCGCCGGGUAGCUGCCCAAAGCCAGCCUCCAGAAACCCAGAUUCUACCCUGCAGCUCUCUGGCUCCAAGAAAGAUGCCUGAUUCCUUGAGCCUUCGGCUUGGGGUGAUGCGCCUGCCCCAUGGGCCAGAUGGUACCAAAGGGUUCUACAACAGCAUUGGGAGAGGAAAGCUGGUCCUAAGACACUAGUGUGUCUCAUCCUCCUUUUUGUUUUUUCUUUUCUUCUCUCAAGUAAAGUAACCACUUUCCAGGGUCACUGGGAUACCUAACCAUGUAAAUGCAGUCCUGCAGGAAGCUGGGGUCUGAAGUUGGGAACGUAGGGGUUCACAAGGAUGUCCAGUUGACAGUCGGCUUGGGAGGUGAGAUGCUGUGGAAGAGGAUGGACCGCACGGCCACAAUCUCUCUCGCUGGGGUGGCCGCGUCUGUCCGCGCGCUGUCUAGUAUCUAGACUUUAAGCUGAGCCGUGCCGCGGAGACGUUGUAGCUCACGGCUUGAAUUCCCAAGCUACCGGUCACCACAUCAUGGCGGUUGCGUCUCAGCCUGCACCUCCCACCAGCAAGACUCAUGGACGCGUUCCUCUUUCUGAUCCAGUAACGUCGCUUUCAGUGCUCCGAACAAUGCAUUGCCUGGGGGAGUAGAGACCCGGUCAGGUGGUGGCUGCAUCUGCCAGGCUGGUGUUACAGAUGUAAAUAGGCAGCUUUGGAAGGGAGGGUUAGUGGUGCACAGGAGAGGUUGUACAGAAGGAAUGUUAAAAGGAUCAAUAAAGAGACAAGCAUUCCAGGCACCUGCUUGUACCAUGGU